UGAAUGUCAAGUCUUUUAAUGUAUGGUUAGACUCGUGAAUAAAGUCCCGACGCCUCUCGCAGCCGAGCCUGCGGGCUUCGCCUCAUCAGCCUCUGGAUACAAAAAGACCGUGGAGUAAAUAUAGACCUUGGGUUUAUGACACGGAGUAACCUGCCGGAGUCCUGGCUCCCCAGGGCCCGCUCCGCUGCUUGCCGGCUGCAUUCGCGCCCCUUCCCCCCUGCCCCCCUCUCUCGCCCACUGGCGCCUCGAUGUACACUUUGGCUGCCUGCCUGCCUCGCACGCGCGCCAGCCUCUGGCCUCUCUCCUUCCCCCUCCGUCCAGGAAGGGCGCGCGCCAGCUGCGGAUGCUUCCUCAGCCUGGCGAAGGGACUGGGAUGGUCUGCGGGACAGGCUGCAGGCUCUGCAGUGCCACUUUACCUGGGACCUGGAUGCCCCUGGACAGCUCGAACCUGAGCACAUCCUGUUGCGGCUGGCCGUGGAGAUCCAGCACACGCCCCACAACAACCAGGCCACGCUCCUGGCCCUGCGGGCGUUCCUCUGCCAGAGGCUGGGCCACUACCCAGAUGCCCUGCAGAGCCUCCGGGAUGCUGAAGAGCAGCUGAGACAGGAUUUCCCAGACGGGUCCCCUGCGCGGGCCCUGCUGAUCUAUGGCAACUAUGCCUGGGUGCACUACCACAUGGGCUCCCUCGAUGAGGCCACGUGCUACCUGGAGCGCACGCAGGCGGCCCCCCUAGCCCCUCUGAGCACAGCUCUGACUGCCGAGAUCUCCGCCCAGAAAGGCUGGUCUCUCCUGGCUGUUGGAUUUCGCCAUGGGGAGCAGGCCAGGCAGUGCUUCAAAGAGGCCCUAGCGCAGGACCCAGGCAGCAAGGAGCUCCGCGCUGGGCUGGCCUUGGCCAUCUAUGCUGCUUGGAUCCACUGCCGAGAUCCUGAGCUGAAGAUGGAAGCGACAAGACAGAUGGAAGAGGUUGUGCAGCAGCAGCCAGAGAACCACAGGGCCAAGGUGCAUUUGUCCAGGCUGGUUCAAGAGCAGGAUCAGCAGAGGGCAGAGGCGCUGAUUGCAGAGGCUGUGGAGAGCAGCUCUGACCCUGAAGUCAUUCGUCUGGCAUCCUUCUACUUCCUGAAAAAAAAUGCAGAGCGGUCCACAGAGCUGCUGAAAGAAGCAAUUUCUCUGGACCCUGAUUACCACCUCCUCUACCACACCUUGGCCAGGUCUUACCGGGAGCAAUGGAAGACAGCAGAGGGGCAGAGGAAGGAGGAGCUGCUGCAGGCUGCGAUCGAGGCCCUGGAGAAAGAAGUCACUCUCUAUUCAGGUGGUGUGCUCUCCAGGCUGCAGCUGGCCGAGCUGUAUGGAGAGAGAGAUCCGUGGCGGGAGGAGCAGAUGUACCUGAAGCUGGAGCAGGAGGCACCCGGGUUUAGUCUGCAGUGCCGCCAGGCCCUGUGCCUAUACUUCGGGAGGUUCCUCAUUUACAAGAGGAGGGACCUGGAGGAAGCAGCCAAAAAGCUGCAGGCUGGCUACACCAUCCCCAUCGAGACGCAGGAGAGGCGGGAAUGCCGCUGGCGCCUGGAGAUAAUAGUUCACAAGCUCCAACGGUUUAACCAGCAUGAGAAGGCAGUGGCCAUCACCCACUUCCUGCAGGAGGCUGACGGUGGGAAGCUGGCUGAGGGGGUCGGCGCUGCGGGGCAGGGGCACGAGUGAUGGGAGACACUGGUCCUGCCAGCAUUUGCAACAGGAAAUGCUCUCCAUCCCUCCGGUUUCAGACUUUCUAGACCUCCAGCAACCUUUUCUGCCGUCUGCUGGACGCUCUCCAAUUCCUCCAUAUCCUCUUUGAAUCGCUGUGUCUGGGACCAGGCACAGUCCUCCCCAGCGUGGAGCAGGUGGGAGUCAUGUCUGGGGACCUGCCGGACACAAUCGCAGUAACACGCCCUGGGAUGCUCUGCAUUUUCUUGCACAAAUACUGCCCUGCUGACACAUGCUGGACUGCAUUUCACUCUCAUUGCCCUGGACUUUUUGCCCAGUUGGUCACACCCCAUUCCUCUGUCUACACCUCAUGCUCUAUCCUGAGUGCAACGUUGGGCUUGUGUCCUUUCUAAUUGCCUCCCCUUUUUUCAGUCCUUGACCCCAAUCGAUCCAGGCGAUUCUGAAUCUUAGUGCUAUCACAUAAAGUGUCUGCUGACCCGCUCCACUUGAUGCCAUCAGCCCACUGAAUAAAAGCAGUGCAGGUCCAUCUCCCAGGUGUUAAUGCACUCCUGGAGGUGGAACAGGUCACGGAGCCGGGUGCUGGGGUUGUGCUCUGAGUUUAGGGGUGGAAUGGAGGAUGUCUGCGGAAGAGGCUGGGCCACAGAGGGGCAAAUAGCAAUGACAGUACAUGCCUGCCUGCUCUGGCAUCACCCAUGUAGUGCGCAGGUUUGUUAUUACCCUGAAAUAGAAUAGUUUUCUGAUAGCAUACUGUUAGGUUUACAAUAAUUUAGAUUAUUAAAAAGUAUUAGCUUUACAGCUG